GCGGGGCCGACGGCAGCGUGUAGUGCGAGCGGGGCAGGACGCGCGGAGCCCGCCUGCCGGCCCGCCGGGAACUCGUGAGGAAUUGACAUCCAUAGGAAGAAUUUGUAAAAGACUCUCUGCCUAGAGCUUCAGGCCCAAUGCAUCUUCCUGCCACCUUAAACCACUGAGCAGUCAGAGCCCCAGUUGUAGAAGAGUUGUCCUGACACCACCAUGAGCUCUGAAUGUGAUGUUGGCACUUCUAAAGCUGUUGUGAAUGGCUUAGCAUCUAGCAGCAAUGGGCAAGACAAAGACAUGGAUCCUACAAAAAUCUGCACUGGGAAAGGAGCGGUGACUCUUCGUGCCUCCUCUUCCUACAAGGAAACCCCAAGCAGUAGUCCUGCAAGCCCUCCAGAAACUCCACAAAAUGAAAGCAAGACAGGCCUGGAGCCAGAGGAUUCUUCAGCAGAUGAGUGGAGACUUUCUUCCAAUGCUGAUGCCAAUGGGAAUGCCCAACCUUCUUCACUUGCUGCCAAGGGCUACAGAAGUGUGCAUCCCAGCCUUUCUGCUGACAAGCCCAAGGCUUCCAGUCCUCUAUUAAAUGAAGUUUCUUCUCCCCCCAUUGGAACUGAUUCCCAAGCCUUUCCACCAACAAGCAAGCCAUCAUCUGCCUACCCUUCCACCACUAUUGUCAACCCCACCAUUGUGUUGUUACAGCACAAUAGAGAACAACAGAAACGACUGAGUAGCCUUUCAGAUCCUGUCUCAGAGAGAAGAUUGGGUGAGCAGGACACAGCACCAAUCCAGGAAAAACCCACCUCACCCAGCAGAGCUGCUGAAAAACGAGUGAAGGAUGAUGGCAGACGGGUGGUGAAGAGUGCACAAGAUCUAAGCGAUGUGUCCAUGGAUGAAGUGGGCAUCCCACUGCGGAAUACUGAGAGAUCAAAAGACUGGUACAAGACGAUGUUUAAACAGAUCCACAAACUAAAUAGAGAUGAUGAUUCAGAUCUAUAUUCUCCUCGAUACUCCUUUUCUGAAGAUGCAAAAUCUCCCCUUUCUGUGCCUCGUUCAAAAAGUGAAAUGAGUUACAUUGAUGGUGAGAAGGUGGUUAAGAGGUCGGCCACACUUCCCCUCCCAGCCCGCUCGUCCUCACUCAAGUCCAGCCCAGAGAGAAAUGACUGGGAGCCCCCAGAUAAGAAAGUGGAUACAAGAAAAUACCGUGCAGAGCCCAAAAGUAUUUAUGAAUAUCAGCCGGGCAAGUCUUCUGUUCUGAACAACGAAAAGAUGAGUCGGGAUAUAAGCCCAGAAGAGAUAGAUUUAAAGAAUGAACCUUGGUAUAAGUUCUUUUCGGAAUUGGAGUUUGGGAAACCGCCUCCCAAAAAGAUAUGGGAUUAUACUCCUGGAGACUGCUCUAUCCUUCCUAGAGAGGAUAGAAAGACUAAUCUAGAAAAAGAUCUCAACCUGUGCCAAACAGAGUUAGAGGCAGAUUUAGAAAAAAUGGAGACGAUUAAUUCUCCCAGUGCCAGCCCACCACAGAGCUCAACAGUCAGCCCCUUGGCAGACAUUUCCUCAGAGCCUCCUGGAUAUGUAUAUUCUUCCAACUUCCACGCAGUGAAGAGGGAAUCAGAUGGGGCUCCUGGGGAUCUCGCUAGCUUGGAGAAUGAGAGGCAGAUUUAUAAAAGUGUCUUGGAAGGUGGCGACAUCCCUCUUCAGGGCCUGAGUGGGCUCAAGAGACCCUCCAGCUCAGCUUUGACUAAAGUGGAUCGUAAAGGUGGGAAUGCUCACAUGAUUUCUUCAUCUUCAGUUCAUAGCCGAACGUUUCAUACUAGUGCAUUAGGCCCUGGUUGUAAACACAAGAAACCCUUGUCAGCUGCAAAAGCUUGCAUUUCUGAGAUCCUUCCUUCCAAAUUCAAACCCAGGCUCUCUGCUCCCAGCACUCUUUUGCAGGAACAGAAGAGUGUCCUGUUGCCCUCAGAGAAGGCUCAGAGUUGUGAGAACCUUUGUGUUUCUUUGACUGAUUCCAAAAGAGGCCUCCCGCUCCAGGUGGGGGGAAGUAUUGAGAACCUGCUCAUGCGUUCCCGGCGGGAUUAUGACAACAAGUCCAGCAGCACCAUGAGCCUCCAGGAGUACAGCACCAGCUCUAGGAGGCCCUGCCCCCUCUCCAAAAAGCCUGGGCUGCACUUCACUAUGUUCUACCGGGAUAUGCACCAGAUCAACCGAGCCGGCCUCUCCCUGGGAUCCAUCUCCUCCUCGAGUGUGCGAGAUCUUGCCUCCCACUUUGAAAGAAGCAACCUGGCCUUGGCCAGGGGUGAGCUGGGAUCCAGCCAGGAGAGCUCAGAGCACAUUCCCAAACACACCGUCUCGUCCCGCAUCACUGCCUUCGAGCAACUCAUUCAGCGGUCCAGAUCCAUGCCAUCCCUGGACCUGUCAGGCAGGCUGAGCAAGUCCCCUACCCCUGUGCUGUCUCGCAGUGGCCUGAUCUCAGCCCGCUCAGCAGAGUCCCUCCUGGAGUCAACCAAACUCUGUCCCAGGGAGAUAGAUGGGAUGACCUCGGGAAGGGGCUAUGCCUCCCCAACAUGUAGUAAUAUGGCACACCACUCCUUGGGCUUCAGAGGCCUUGUGCCUUCUGAGCCCCUCUCCACCUGCUCAGAUGAGCUGGACCACUGUUCAACUGUCUCCAAUGACAGCAGAGAGGGCAGCAGUGGCAGUGUUCAUGGAGACUUCCCCAAACAUCGCCUGAACAAGUGCAAGGGCACCUGCCCCGCCUCAUAUACCCGCUUUACCACCAUCCGGAAGCAUGAACAGCAGCAGUCCUCCAGGCAGACUGACUGGCGUCCAGAUCCCAGGGGCGACAAGAGCAGCCUCCUCAGGAACAUAUACCUGAUGAGUCCUCUCCCUUUUCGAUUGAAAAAGCCCCUCCAGCAUCACCCCAGACAGGCUUCCCCUGGUGACUCCUCCUCAGGACUCCCAGUGGGCCAGAAGCCAGAGCUCCCCAGUCAGCCCCAUCAGGACCAGUCUCCUUCUGGGGCAAAGCCUCUGGUGCCCACUCGCCUGUCUUCCCGGCAUGCCAUGGCCAGGCUUAGCCGCAGCUCAGAACCCCCUCAGGAGAGACCUGUAGGAGUCUUGGAGGACUGUCCAAGGGCUAUUAAUAAUGGGAACUCCGUGCCGUACUCAGACCAUGACCUGGACAGGAACAACAACCCACAAAGUGAACUGGCACCAUCCCAUGGAGAUUCAGAAUCACCAAGACAUUUUAUACCAGCUGAUUACUUGGAAUCAACGGAAGAGUUUAUUCGAAGACGUCAUGAUGAUAAAGAGAAACUUUUAGCGGACCAGAGACGACUUAAGCGUGAGCAAGAAGAGGCCGAUAUUGCAGCUCGACGCCACACGGGCGUCAUCCCGACGCACCAUCAGUUUAUCACUAAUGAGCGCUUUGGGGACCUUCUCAAUAUAGACGAUACUGCAAAAAGGAAAUCUGGGUCAGAGAUGAGACCUGCCAGAGCCAAAUUUGACUUUAAAGCUCAGACAUUAAAGGAGCUUCCUCUGCAGAAGGGAGACAUUGUUUACAUUUAUAAGCAGAUCGAUCAGAACUGGUAUGAAGGCGAACACCAUGGCCGGGUGGGAAUCUUCCCACGCACCUACAUUGAGCUACUUCCUCCUGCUGAAAAGGCUCAGCCCAAAAAGUUGACACCCGUGCAGGUGUUGGAAUAUGGAGAAGCUAUUGCUAAGUUUAACUUUAAUGGUGAUACUCAAGUAGAAAUGUCUUUCAGAAAGGGUGAGAGGAUCACACUUCUUCGACAGGUAGAUGAGAAUUGGUACGAGGGGAGGAUUCCAGGAACAUCCCGCCAAGGCAUCUUCCCCAUUACCUAUGUGGAUGUGCUCAAGAGGCCACUGGUGAAAAACCCUGUGGAUUACAUCGACCUGCCUUAUUCCUCCUCCCCAAGUCGCAGUGCCACAGCAAGCCCACAGUGUCCUAGUCACAGCAAGCUCAUCAUGCCAGCCCCCUCAUCUCUACCCAACCCCCGCCGGGUUCUGUCCCCCGAGAUGCAUGCCAUCACCUCUGAAUGGAUCUCGCUGACUGUAGGGGUCCCAGGCAGGCGUUCUCUGGCCCUGACUCCACCCUUGCCUCCUCUGCCUGAGACUUCUGUCUAUGACAUGGACUACCUCUCCUUGCCAACAAGGGCUCGUCCCUCCCUGCCUCUCAGCCUCCCCUAUUCAAGUUGGUCAGUUCGCUCUAAUCCCCGCUCAGUGGUUUCCCCAUUAGCCUUGCCUCCACCCCACAAAACUUACUCUCUGACACCUAGUACCCAAACCCCUCUUCACAUCAAUGGAGAGGGUGGGAUCCACCCUCACCAAGAUAGCUUCUCCCAGCCACUGCUGGGGAGCCCUGAUAGGGUCAUCUCAGAGCUUAGUGAUGCCUUUAGCAGCCAGAGCAAGAGGCAGUGCUGGCAAGAAGAGAAUGGACAAUAUGAGAGGAAAACAGAGAGUGAGGCAGGUGAGAGAUGCCCUGGUGGAUCCAAGAUCUCUAAGAAGAGCUGCUUGAAACCUUCAGACGUGGUCAGGUGCCUGAGUACUGAGCAGAGACUCCCAGAGCUCCAUGCCCCUGAGGAGAUCGAGCCCAGCAAGCCUCUGGGCAGCCCCUUUCCAGGAAGGGAGGCUGGGCCCACAGAGCUGCACAGAGGUGGCGAGGCUGAGAGGAAGGCCGCUCAGAGUGGUGUGAGUCAGGAAGCGGUUUGCAAUGAGAUCAUAAACAUUGCUGAGAAAUCUGUUCAUUACUGCAGCACUGUCUCUCAUCCCCUUGACUUACAUCACAAGGUAUCCCCUUCUGACAAAUCAUCUUUAAUCAUUUCUCAGCAACCUCAAGCCCAGCAGCGAAGAGUCGCCCCAGACAGGAGUCAAACCUCACAAGAUUUAUUUAGCUACCAAGCAUUAUAUAGCUAUAUACCACAGAAUGAUGAUGAGUUGGAACUCCGAGAUGGGGAUAUCGUUGAUGUCAUGGAAAAAUGUGACGACGGAUGGUUUGUUGGUACUUCAAGAAGAACAAGGCAGUUUGGUACUUUUCCAGGCAACUAUGUAAAACCUUUAUAUCUAUAAGAAGACUGAUAACCAUAGAAAUUAUUUUUAUUGAGAAUGAAGCAUAAUUCAUGAACUGGUCUUUAUUUAAAAGUUAAGUUGGUAGGAAGAUGAAUGCAGUGGAUAAAGUUAAGAAGUAAAAACAAAAGGAAUAGAGAAGUGUGAUGAUUAAAACUCAAGUCUGAGCUUACUGUGUAUCAGGGCUGAACCGUGUGCUGAGCAAAAUGAAUUGAGGCAAAUCAGAUUUACUUACCUGCUUCUGGAACAACUCCAGCUUUCCCUUCCCCUCACCUUCCUCUCUACCUCUACCUGGAGUAGAGUCUAGGAAUGGAUUAGCCAGAAAUGCUUACUGGUUCCCAGCCUUACCUGCUGUCAUCUCAAAGGGGUCCUUGAGCCUAGAAUAACCCUUAGGGAACUAGGCAAGUAGAUCCCUAGCCAUGUUCUGGAGACCCCAAGCCUGGGCACCCACUGACUGCCCCAUCCUCUAUCCCUAGCUGUCCUGGACUAAACUGAGACUGUCUGCUAAACUGAGACUGCCCCCCUUUGCCAUUGGACCUGCUGAGGUCCAGGUAAGGAAAUGGAGGCAAACCAGGCACCUUGGUGUUGAGCCUGCAUUACCCUUGACUAUACCCUUGACAUGAGGUUUGUGCUGAGAUUGGGGAGCAGAUGGUCAAGGCUAGGUUUGUAUUUCCAAGUGACUAAGUCAAGAAGCCCUGCCACCUCGGAGGCCAGUGGCAGUGCUUAGCUUAUUCCUUUCCCAUAUCUCUCUGGCUUUAUAAACAGCUGCCUUUAGGGCAGGGCAGCUGCAUUUACCGGAGCCCUAUAGUAAGCUUUCUUUUCUGGCUUGGGUUUAGCUGGGAAAGUCUGGGGUUGCUAGACCCAUUUUCACAGGAAUCCCAGACUGGCAUCUAGAGUUUAUUUAACAUGCAGUGACAUGCUCUGGUUACUGGUCUAUCCAUGAGGCCCUGGGCUGAAAAGAAAUGCCAGGUUUCCAAUUCCCCCCCAAAUCCCCAGAAGACUUCAAGGACCACUCAACAUGUUGGCACCCCCAGGUUGUGAGUAUUCUUCAUGCACCUGCAGAGGCUUCCAAGGUGUGGAUCAGUGGCUUGAGUAUAAGCAGCAACUUUCCACAAGCAGCAGUGACCAGAAGUCUGCCCUGUGUGGGGGCUGCAUCUGAGGAGGGAACCUCUGGGCUGCAUGGCUGCUUCACCACUACUCUGACGCAGCUGUGAUAAAGAUGUUUUAUUAGCUUCUCUGUUAGACUUUUCAGUGACACAGAGAUAGAGGCGCCCCAUUUUCUGCCCACUAGGAACUGAAGGUGAGUGGGGAGACAGAAAAAAUAAAGUGACUGCAAAGAGAGAUUGUGAUGCGUGCUAAGGAAGUUUGAGAGAAGAGAUGAGUUUCCCCUGGAGGGACCCUGGAAGGCGUCCCCUGGAGGGAUCCUGGAAGGCGUCCUGGUAUUUCUGUCUCCAUACCUCACUUCUGAAAGAGGAUACUGAGAGAACUUUAGACUGGGAGUCAUUCUGGCUGGAAAUACUUGGAACUUUUUUCCAGAGUCUCCAAACUCUCAUCCUCCCCACAAAUCCAUUUCCAAGGUGACAAAUAGGAGUAGCAAUUCUAAGUGGUAGGGGUGUAUACUGGAACCCUGGCUCUCUGCAGCUAGGUCAGAAUUACCCCAGGACCACUGUCCUAAAAUCUGGAAUCUUUUCCAAGUAGAUAAAACUUGUCUUUAGUACCUCUGCCUCAGUGGUUGUCCCAGACACUCAUCUUAAGAUCCCACCAGCUUCCCGCCACCUGCCAAUCAGCCUCAGUAUCCUCACUUUCUCCCUAACCUUUCAAGGAGGCUUUCAAGAAAAAAAAUUACUCCUGACUAAUUUGCACUGAAGUGUAAAUGGCUGAUAAGAAGAAUGUGUUGCCUCUUCUCUAGAGACAUUUGUUUGGAACUAGGACAAAUUGGAGCCUUAAUCCCAAGGGAAAAGUGUGUGUGUUUGUGGAACUUCAGGGCAGAAGGUUUUAUGGUAGAACGAAGCUUCUUGAUUUUUUUCUAGGACCCCAUGACUGUAUGACCUAUAGCUUUGGAAGCUCUGCUCCCCCAUCCCAGAGCACAGAGCCUGAUUUUUUACUUUUGUCUCUGAAGGAAUAUAGUAAAAAUGCAUAUGUGCAUGCAUUUUGCCCAGCAGCGUUUCUCCCCAUUUGGAAUGUAAUCCUUAUAUUGGCUGUGUUUCUUGGUCUUUCUUAAACACAAACCAUUAAUAAUGAAAUCUUAUUUAACUUUUUUGGAGGGGUGCUUCUUGAUUAAUAGGUAAUUUUGAACACCUCUUUAAAUACAGCUAGAAAGUAAAACCAACUUGUAAAGCCACCUUUGCAUCUGAUGCCAGCUUCACGCAGCGUCUGUCUCUCUCCCCAAAUACAGGGGUUGCCUUGCCAACUUGCUCUUCUUUAAUAAAAUCACAUGUUAAAAUUCACAUCCCCUCAGUUUCCUAUGACUCUGUGUGAAAAAACAGGGAACACAGGUUCCCAAUUACUCUUUUGUCUUCAGACAUUUAGUAACAUAAAUUACCUAUUUUUUAUGCUGAAAUGUUUAUACAGGUUUAUUAAUAGCAAGUGUAACUACCUGGUGACAUGCCUUGCAACAGGUUUUGAUAUAUUAGCCAUGCUUCCAGGUAAAGGCUAGCCCUAAACUACAUAUCUUUUGCAGUCUCUCUGGGAUCAGUAAAAGGAAAAAAAAUUCAUAUGCUCGAGAACUGGGAGUGUAAAUAUGUAUAUUUAACUUUGUAUAGUCCAUGUACCUACCUUGUAUAGAAAAAGUUUUAAAAAUUUGAACAGAAGGGAGUAAAAUAAGGGAGUCACAGAGGGGUUUUGUUUUGCAUUUUUAUUUAAAUGAAGGAAUUUCAAAGUAUUCACUUUUAGCACAUUUGCCAUUGGAAACUGUUAACAUUUACAAUAAUAAUUCUUCUGGAAAGAGAAGGUAACUAUUAUUUCAGUUGCAGUUUAAAAAAACUUUUUUUUUUGCAGUUCUGCAGUAGAAUUAAAUCCUGUUGCUAGAAUAGACUACUAUCAAAAAAAAGAUCAUAUUCUGAGAGAACUGACAUUAUAUAUAACCAAUUAAUUUAAAGCAUUGCCAUUUAAAUUUUCACACUGAGUGCAUGUACUCUGCAGGCACGGAUUUUUCUGUUCAUUUAUUUUUCUUUUCUGCAGUGGAUUGAUUUGAUAAAUAGAUGUGUUAAAUUACUACCUUUGCUGUACAUAUUAUUUAAUAAACUUUAUUAAGAAUUGUGUGGCA